UCCAGUAAGGAGUCCUUUAUCGCUUUCUCUCUCAUCCCCUCCGCGCUCUGGUCUUCGGUGUUAAAACUUUCCUGAAAGGAGACGGAUCUUUCAGCAUCCUAGUAAACAAAUGAACCAACAGUUAUUGUUUUGCCUGGAACUUUGAGAAGGAUUUACUGUCAUUUAGUUUCCUGUUUUGGUGCAGGACGCGUCUCGUUUCGCACCGGACCAAAAUGGACCGCAGAACGUGUCCGGAGCGUCUGCACUGGUCCUCUGCCGCUGUGUGCGGGACAAACUGAAAAGAAAUCCAGACUGGACCUCCACUCACUGCCCGUUCUCUUUCCUCCUCUAGUUUCUGGCUGCGGGUUUUAAUGCCUCCGCUCAGAAGAUAUAGCCCAAAUCAGAAGCGGAGAAUUAUUCCUCAAACCGAAGAGAGGACAUGGACAUACCGUAGCCAGCGCUCACAGAUGAAAAGCAGGAUGUAGCUAUAAAAAAAGAGGGACAUCACAAACUGCAGGGACGCGGAAAGAACAAUCGAAUGUCUUCACGGACGAGAAGCACACGUCAGAAGUUGAGCGCCUCAGGUCUUAAGAAGAUCCAAACAACACUUAUGUGAAUGUAACAAAGCACUGAGGCAGCUCAACAAAGCGGGCUUGUUCUACAUGAAGAUCAAAUCAACAUUCGGCAAGGACAGAUGGAUGACACUUAUCCCUCACUCCAGAGGUGUGGAGUGACAGAUGACAAAGGCAUUGACACGGUGGGAGAGAGAAAAAAAGAGAGAGUUAACGUCGGAAAGGGUUACUGCCGCCCGUAAUGGAAAACAACAACAAAGGUCAGACAUCGAUCGGGAGGCUAGAAGAAAUCAACCUGAUCAUCAACUCUGACCUGAGAGACGUAACCUGCAACACCUUGGAUACCACAGACCACAGCAGCAAGAUUUACAACUGAAUGCAGAUGAUAAAAAUGAAAACUCAUCCACAAACUAACUAGGAAAGAUCUGGCACACAGCAGACAGCAGCCAUGGAUAUUAGUAAACCAAUCUUCAGCAACUUAGAAACUCUUAGACUCUCAUUCACAUCAAGAGGUGGAUGUGACUGAUCCACCACAAAGCAACACGGGACAUUUUGGCUCAGCAUACACCUUGAGAACGUGUCGCCAAUGACGAAUUGGCAGGAAAUGGGAGAUUCAAAGCUCAGGGAACAAUCUGAGGCUGUUUGCAGCUAGCAAGACUAUUGGAAUACAAUAUAAAAUCAAAAACACUUUUAGCCAGGUCCUCCCAAUCCCCUCUUCCCUGUCACUCCCCGUCCCUGAAGUUGCUUCCUUACUGUUUUUCCCCUUCCUCUAGAUCCUUAUUAAUGGUGUUCUGUUGGUAUUAACCAUUCAUUUACACACUUCAAAACUCGUUAAAUAAGUCUUGAUCAAUGCUGAGCACAUCUCUCUCUUUACCUUCUUCUUCCUGCUGGUGGAGAAAGUGAAUUAAAAUCAGGGGAGGCCUCUUUCAACCACCAAGGGUCUCUCUUUGGGAUGGGCGGCCCAGCAAGGGCUCUUCUUGGCGGGUUCAGCACCACCACUUCUUCCCUGGAGGUUGGAGGUCGGAUGGCUUGGCCAAGCAACAACCCCCUGGACCUCAACCAAACCCUGUCAUGGGGGAUCGGGCUUGGAGGCAGCGGUGGAGGUGCGGCAGCCAUGAGUGCAGGUCUGGACAAUUUCACCCAGGAGUCUGUCACCAGGACGGUGAUGAAAGAGAAGAACUGGCCGGCGCUGCUCAUACUUGUCAUCAUCGCACUGACAAUUGGUGGCAACAUCCUUGUGAUCUUGGCAGUGUCGCUGGAGAAGAAACUCCAAAACGCCACCAACUUCUUCCUAAGGUCGCUGGCCGUGGCGGACAUGCUCGUAGGCAUCCUGGUCAUGCCGGUCUCCCUCAUCAACAUCCUCUAUGACUACGCCUGGCCUCUCCCCAGCGCCCUGUGUCCCAUCUGGAUCUACCUGGACGUGCUGUUCUCCACCGCCUCCAUCAUGCACCUGUGUGCUAUCUCCCUGGACCGAUACGUCGCCAUCCGCAACCCCAUCGAGCACAGCCGCUUCAACUCCAGAACCAAAGCCAUGAUGAAGAUCGCCGCCGUCUGGACCAUAUCUAUAGGUGUGUCGAUGCCUAUCCCAGUGAUCGGCCUCCACAAUGAGGACAAGGUGUUCGUCAACGGCAGCUGUGUCCUCAACGAGGAGCGCUUCAUGCUGAUUGGCUCCUUCGUGGCCUUCUUUAUCCCACUGGUCAUCAUGGUGGUGACGUACUGCCUCACCAUACAGGUGCUCCAGAGGCAGGCCACUGUCUUCCUGUGCGAGGCAAAGACGUCCUCCCAGCAGCCAUUGCACACACCAGCAAUGACAAAUACAUUGCAGCCUCCACCCAGCACCUUCCACGUCCCCCAGAGCAACACACUUGCUGCUUCAGACUCACAGGAGUUAAAGGCCCCGCUCCCUCAGAGCAGACGAAACACCUUGAGCUGUCUGAAAGGAGCCGAGCCCGGCAUGCUGCUCAGCACCUCCAAGUCAGAUAGCAUAAGCAUCAUUCCCAGCUCGGAGGUGGCGUCUCAGCUCAGCUCGCCAGCAGCGGGACCGGGCCGAAGCGACACGUCGGGUUGUCACGGGCGACGGGGGAUGAUGCAGGCCAUAAAGAACGAGAGGCGGGCCUCCAAGGUCCUGGGAAUCGUCUUCUUCCUCUUCCUCAUCAUGUGGUGUCCCUUCUUCAUCACCAAUGUCACCUUCGUCCUGUGCCGGGGCUCCUGCAACGAGUCGCUGCUCAACGACCUCCUCAACGUCUUCGUCUGGGUGGGCUACAUCUCCUCCGGGGUCAACCCUCUGGUCUACACGCUCUUCAAUAAGACCUACAGGAGAGCGUUCUCCAGCUACAUCAGGUGCCAGUACAAAGUGGGGGCCAACGCAGCCGGACAGAGUUGCAAAACCCUCCUGGUUCCCCCGCCGUGCUCGUCGCACGCCGUGACCCCUCUGCUGAUGGGCAGUCAUGGGAAAGCGGGCAUGGACCGCAAUAGUAACUGUCGCAACGGCGGUAGGGGGGACAACGGGAGGCUGACGGUGGACCCGGAUGACAUGACAGAUGACGAAACACAAAUCGGAAUAGUGUCGCACAGCCUCUCCGAAUGCCACAACAUCGACAUGCUUUCGGAAACGGAGCCGGAAACGGAGGUGAAGCAGGAGCUGUCACUCAUCAGCUACAGCUCCACCUCCAGAGAACACACCAGCAGUGUGUGAUUGCGUGUUUUUUUUGUUGUUUAAUGUCUUUUUUUUUUUUAACCUGCAGACACUGGUGCCGAGAAACGUUUCGACGAGCUGGUGCUGGAAGCCUACAGCUUUUUUUUAUUGGCUGUAAACCUGCAGUAGGUCCUUUUGUUGCAAAAGGACUAAUCUCGGUUUGAGGAGCCUUAUCCCCAGCCUGGAGUGCACUACUUAGAAAUGUAUGAGCUGAAUCAGAUUACGAGAGAGCCUCUGAGAUGAAAAGGUUUUGGAAUGAAAGACAAUAUUUGUUUUCUAUUUGGUGUCCAAAUGUUGGUUUUUCAUUACACAAAGGGAGGAUAAACGCUGUGCUCUGCAGUCAGUGUGUUGUACUUCAUGGGGACUAAGGUACCAGCUGAGAUCCAGACAGGGUCGGUGUGCAUGUGAUAAGAGGGCUGUCAUUGAAGAGCUUAUUGUCAUUGUUGACCUGUUAUGAAGUCCUUCUGAUGCAGGUUACAGAGUCAAGCGCCGACCGCUGACGUCGACGGGGUCAAACUACGACUUCACGCCUUCACACGAGUCCAAAUGCAGUCCGAGUCUCUGGUUUAUGUGGAUUCUCUCCACACCGAGCAAGCUAAACCAAAUCUAUUUUUGUGCCGGUCAAGCUUAACAGUGACAGUCCUACAAAUAAUGCCUGAAUGAACUUUUCCAGCACGUAUAAUCAAACUAUUCAGCCGACAGAAAAGGGAUUUCUCUCGAAAAAGGGAACUCACUUGAGGCUGCAGUCAAAGUUUGUCUGAGAGGACCAAGAUGAAGGAAUGUACCACGACCACUGGUGGACAGUGCCAUCUGGUGGUCACUCCACACAAGAGCGGUCACUUCCCUUGGAUUGAUCAAGGGGCUAAAAGAGCUAAAAUCAUGGCGCAGGCCUUUGGUCUAACACAGCUGUCAGGCUCUUGCUUCUGAUGACCAAUACAACCACUUAGGAAAGAGUUAAAGUCCCAAACUUCUAAAGGUUUUUACUGACAACAAUCAAUAAAGUUUCAAAUAAUAGGGAAUAAAAGGGAGCAAUCUAAAAGUAAAAAUGUGAAAGUUUUAAUAUAAGGGUGCACACAAAGGUUUCUCAGAUGUCAUUCUUAAAAGGAACAAAAUAUAUAGAUUUUAUGAGCACAUCAUUACUACCAUUUCUAUUAUAAAUUAGCCCUCAUUAUCACUGAUUCGCCAUCAUAAAAAUAAUAUAAAACCUCCCCAGCCGUUAUCAAAUCACACUUACCUUUAUUUCCCCAAACCCAUGGAAUUUUGGAUUGAUCAGCAAUCUAAUUAAUCCAGGAAAUUUCUAUAUUUCCCACAUCUAAUGAUGCAAAUUCAGCACAUGCAUCUUUGAGUUUGGGGUCCUACAGGUCAACAAUCAGCCACCUGCUUAAUAUACAUAUCAUAUAUUAUCAGAUUACAUAUCCGAGUGUUCACAUCAGCUGCGGGCAGAAAUCUGGGCUGUUUGAGAUUCACAACAUCAUUCCUGAGGGACACGUUCUUAAAUGAACAAGAUGUUCUCCGUCAUUUACUUUUUAGAAAAUGAAUGAUUUUUAUUCAACCAUUAGAUCAGUCAUUUUCUCUCUAAAGACCCCUCAGCCAAAAUUUGCUAAGACGGUACAGUGAAAGCCAAAGAGAACAGAACAUUUAAAGGAACACACCGACUUAUUGGCAAUUUAGC